CUUGAGAGUGCAGCAACCGUGGUACACAUCUCCGAUCCAAGUACUUCUGUCGGGCUCCAGGGCUUCACCAGCCGAACAAAGAGGCAUUGUUGAUCCAUGCAGUCGAGCACCGGCAGCAUUCCCAUCCAACCCGCCGAUUACGUGGAAUUGGCUGCGGUCUGCUCGAAGCGAUCCUCGCUGUCAUGACGUGACCCUGUUCAGAUACAUCCCUUGAAGCAGACGCACGGCCGAGCCGCGUCGUCGUCUCUGUCGAGCAGACCAAGUAUAUCCCUUUCUUUUUCCUCUCAACACCACUCACCAUUCUCCUGAUUUGAAGUCGACCUUGAUCUCUCCAGCGCAGAAAGCCGAAUCUGAAUCAACAAUCAUGCCUCCAAUCCCAGUCCACACCUCGUCACCCAUCAACGCCAACCACCCCUCCAAUCCAUUCGGCACCUCUCCAGGCACAGCAGCAGCACGCUACACGCCGGUCAACGCAGAAGCAAGUCCUACAACCAUACAACCACACAACCCCUACCCAGCAGCGCGACCUGGCGCUCCUGCUGUCCCACAGCCGACAAAUGCUGCAUCUGCUACUUACAACAGCAGAUCCCAACCGACCACAACGAUCCCUAACACAACUCCCACUGCAACCACCAACUUCUCGACCGACAGCCCUCCACCACCUCAACCAGGCGCUGUCCCGUCACCCUACACAAAUAACAACAGCAACCCGCCUUCACUCUCCAUCCCACAACCCCCCCAGCCCGGCGCCAAUCCACAAUACGCGCCAUCACCCACAACAACAGCCUCCGUGAGGCACUCCCUCCCUGCGCCCACACCAACACGUACGCACAACGCCCCAUUAGCUGCACAACUGCAAUCCCCUUCCGUCUACGAACCCAAUCGCGGUGUCCCCCCUGCAAACCUCACCUCGACCUACCCUCAUGACCUGUCCCACCCGCCAGGCUACGUGCAAGACUCUCGCGCGUCGUUCGAUGACAAGCCGAUCGAAGAAUGCCAGCGUUACGAGAACCGAGCAAGCCCCUCGUCGACAAGCAGACGAGGCAUCCUCGACGCUGAACCGGUCUUCGACAAUCGAGGAGGGGACGACGACACGAAUAUUCUGAACACAGCAAUGUCGUGGGCAAAAGCGGCGGGGAAAAGAUUGUCGAGGACGGAGCAGGAGAUCUGGAAACAUGUCAAUGGGGACGGCAAGCAUUGAUCACGCGGAGGAAUCAAAUGAUGGAUGCCCCCAGGAUGCGGCGUGGAAUUUUGAAGUGUUCGAUUUGUGGGAUGGACGCUAAGAGAAACAGGCUCAUGGUCUGCAAAGUACGGCCAAAAGAUACAGGAUCAUCAAUGUGUCAAGGGAACGCGCGGUGUUUUCGGGUAUAGGAACACGGUCUUGGAUGGCGGAGGACUGGUUUUGGUAUGGUUUGGGCUUCGGCGGAGCAAAGUAGCUGCAUGAACUCCUCGAGAGAUCAUAUAAAGAAUAUAAAUCGAAAAAGAUCCUAAUGCACGUCCC